GUUUCAACGGAAAUUUCAGUUGUAAAAGUGAAGUGAACUCUAUCAGACGUGAUUUUUUAAUUCAAUAAAGUUUAAACUACAAAAAUGAAGCACGAAAAUCAGUUCUUUCUGUUCUUAAAGGAUGUUGAAUCAGCAGAGUCAUAUCUGGGAUCAAAUAAAGGAUAUCCAUUUUAUUAUCGUCAAUUAAAAACAGUUGAGCAUAAAACAGCCAUAAAAAUAGUUUACAAGAGCGUGAUGAAUGAUGAAACUUGUACGGAAGAUCAAAAAAUAAGAGUGUGGAAAUUGCAUCGCGACUUGAAUGGAUUACUCGUCGAAAUUCAGUCUGAAGGCAACCCAGUCAAUAAAAAGCGACAUGCUGAGAGUGAAGCUGACUUUAUUCCACCGAAAAAGCACAUCAUUAGUUGUCAUCAAGCUUCCAAUCUAGUCCCUGUUCAAAAUCCAGGCCUUAAACCUUUAUAUCAGACCUCGUCAAUACUUCACCCACAAAAUUGUGAGCAGCAAUUAUCUAAACAAAUUCCAUAUCCAUUUAAUUUAGCAAUUAGGAAUUCAAGCCUCAAAUUCUUCAAUCCUUCAUCGCAUUCAACGCCAAAAAACACAUAAUUAAUUGACUAAUUGAAUAGUUGAACUGAAAUAUAUAUAUUUAAAAAUUCUAAGUACGUCCACAAAUAUUUAAAAUGUUAGGAAAAUUAGCC